AUGGGGAUUCGUCAUAUCUUUACAACAGCCAGUCUUGCACUGGCCUUCGCCAGGACAAAUGCUGAAAAUUCGGCUUCAGGAAAAUACGGAUACACGACUGCGUAUGACUACAUCAUUGUAGGCGCAGGAGCUUCUGGAAUUAUCGCAGCUCAAAGAUUCGUAGAACGAGGAUCAUCUGUACUUCUUCUUGAACGAGGCGGUCCUUCUUUGUUUUCAUCAGGCGGCACUUCCACCCUUCCAUGGAAUAAUACUGUCACUCCUUUCGAUAUCCCAAGCCUGGGAGCUUCAUUGAGCGAUUUCCCCGGCCUUAAUGCGUUUUGUGACGAUACUCCCGACCUUUCGGGCUGCAUUUUAGGUGGUAGUACGGCUAUAAAUAGCAUGAACUACAUAAACCCGUCACGCGACGACUUUGAUGCGGUUUGGCCAGAAGGAUGGCGAUGGGACGAUAUUCAAGCCUCAGCUGCGAAAGUUUACAAGCGAAAUCCAGGAACCAUCACCCCAUCCUCAGACGGCCGCUACUACGAUUCUGCUGUGUAUGAUGUUCUAUCGAAAGAGCUUGCUCAGGCAGGUUACAACUCGGUCAACACCGUCACGAAUCCGAACGACAAAAAGAAAAUCUAUGGACACAGCGCCGUUAACGUUAUUAAUGGACUUCGUGCUGGCCCUGUACGCACAUACUUGCCCUUGGCGCAAGGCAAGCCGAACUUCAAACUUGAGUUACAUACAAAAGUUAUCCGCGCGGUCCGCAAGAAUUCGACAGUCACCGGCGUCGAAGUUAUCGACAAGAGCAAUCAGCGAAGGAUCAUUAACAUUAAGAAGGGUGGUAAAGUCAUUUUUGCUGCAGGCGCCAUGUCCACACCUCGCCUUCUCUUCAACUCGGGCAUUGGCCCUAUUGCUCAAAUCAAGGUUGCAAAGGCAGCCAAUGUUACCCUUCCCGAUGAGAGUGCCUGGAUUAUAAGCCCCGUGGGCGCGCAGGUUCAAGAUCAUGCGGCCCUUGUGGUGACAUUCAACAUAACUGGUGGGAACAUGACCGUAGUGCCUAUCAGCGAGAUCAACAACCCAGGUCAAGAGAACAUCGAUCUGUUUGCCAAAGGCUCAGGUGUGCUCGCAGAAACGCCAUUCCGUCUCAACACAUUCCAGACCGUGACAACCAGCGAUGGCCACAAAAUCAUGAUCCAAACGCACUGCUUCUCAAGAACAAACAACCAGAUCGAUGUCGUCUACCAAGUCACAUUGGGAACCACAAGUGUAGGCAGCAUGGCCAUGGAUGCCGCGGGUAAAGCUAUCUACACCAAGAGUCCCCUACUGCAGACCGCUGCCGACAAAGAAGCCCUUGCCAUUGAACUCGACAACUGGCUUGCCCUGACGCGUACUCCAGGAUCGAGACUAGCAUAUGCUGGCGGGUCAAAUACCAAUGGCGCAGAGAUCAUCAAGGCGAAUACAAUUGGCAGUGGAUACCACCUCACAAGCUCUACCAUCAUGGGUACGGAUGACGGAACCAAGGGCGGAAAAAGUGUCGUUGAUACUAAUUGCAAAGUGUACGGUACGGAUAACUUGUUUGUGAUUGAUCUUGGGAUUCAUCCAAAGGUUCCGAGUGGAAAUACUAUGGUCAUCACUAUGGUUGCGGCUGAACAUGCGGUUACGAAGAUUCUUAAGCUCGAGUCUAAGGGCUGGUAG